GGUCCCGUGGGCAUCCUGCUCACACCGUGUCUCCUGUCCCAGCGGGAGGUGGAGAUCCUCAUGUUCCUCAGCGCCAUCGUGAUGAUGAAGAACCGACGCUCCAUCACCGUGGAGCAGCACAUUGGGAACAUCUUCAUGUUCAGUAAAGUGGCCAACGCCAUCCUCUUCUUCCGCCUCGACAUCCGCAUGGGCCUGCUCUACCUCACACUCUGCAUAGUGUUCCUGAUGACCUGCAAGCCGCCCCUCUACAUGGGCCCCGAGUACAUCAAGUACUUCAGUGACAAGACCAUCGAUGAGGAGCUGGAGCGGGACAAGCGGGUGACCUGGAUUGUGGAGUUCUUCGCCAACUGGUCCAGCGAGUGCCAGUCCUUUGCCCCCAUCUUUGCCGACCUUUCGCUCAAGUACAACUGUGCGGGGCUGCACUUUGGGAAGGUGGACGUCGGCCGGUACACAGAUGUCAGCACCAGGUACCAGGUCAGCACCUCGCCCCUCACCCAGGCUCCCGGCAUCCGUGUCCCCUUGUCCCCAGCUGUGGAGCUGUGGAGCGGCAUCGCCAAGGGGCCCCCCCGCAAGCUGAAAUUCCCCCAGCCAGAGGCCGUGGUGGAAGCCCUGAAGAGCAGCUUGGCAUAG